ACACGCACGCAUUCUGAGCAGAUUGCUCUUGCACAAUCCGUUCCAAUUUGCGCCAACCUCGGUUGACGUAUCGCGGCCCCGAAAGAGUUUACAAUGGCCGCAGCCGCAGCUAUCCCAUCAACCAACGACAUCCCGGACGAUGACGAGCUUGAUGCAAUUCUCAACGGCACCUUGAACGGUCAAGACAUCUUCAACAUUAGCAACCCAGAACUACAAACACAACCUUCUCGUCCUUCGAAACCAACUGCAGAUGAUUCGGGUCUCGGCAUCGACGAAGAAAUCAAAGUCGUUAAGAAGCGGGAGCCUAUUCCCAAGCUCGACGAUAACCGCCUUCUUUCGGAUCCUGGCAUUCCGAAACUACGCAGAAUCUCCAAAGAGCGAUUGAAAUUCAAGGGGAAGGGUCAUGAGUACGGCGACAUCGCGCGCAUGCUCAAUAUGUAUCAGUUCUGGCUUGACGAGCUUUACCCACGUGCCAAGUUCGCGGACGGACUCGCCAUGAUUGAGAAGCUUGGUCACUCGAAACGUGUACAGAUGAUGCGGAAAGAGUGGAUAGAUGAGGGCAAGCCGAAACACAACGCACGAGAAGAUGAGGAUGAAGACGUAGUCGAGGUCGAUAACGCGAACGAAUUUGUACAAAGGGUAGACGACCUUAUGGAAGAUGUGCAAGGCGAGAUAACUCGGAGCAUAGAGGAGGACGCUCGACGAUCCGUUGCAAACGGAGCUAGAGGUGCUUCUGCGCCACCAGGGGAACCUGACGAAGAUGAGUUGGACACAUUGCUGGCGGGCGAUCCGGCUCCCGUGCUCCCACCUACAGCAGCUGCAGUGAACACAGCUACCAAUGUUGAGGACGACGAUCCAUUUGCGGACGCUAUGGACGCGAUGGCCGAUAUGGACGGCAUGUGGUGAACGGUUCCCUGAAUCACUCAAUACGCUUGGCUGAGCGUUGGGCAAGUAGAAUUCUCUACAGUACCAGGACAAAAGUCUGAGCUCGUUCGGGCUUACAUAUCACCUAUCCGGAGGUGACACAGUGUUCAGACGUCUGUCCAGUACUGUAUCAUUCAUGCAUAGCGAGGCGUUCGAUAUCCGAUGAUAUUUUAUGAUUGUGUACAUACUCCUCCCUUGACGUUCAUACUCUGAUCUGGCAAAGAAGAUGACGCUGUUGCGUGGCUCAGAUGUUUGCUGUCGAGAAGCAAAUUAUUGGAGAUCUAGCCUCUGUAGAGUGACCAUAUGGUAAAGAAAACAGUGUGCAGGCCAGGUACAUUUUGUUCUUGGGAGCACACAACGGAACGAACUUUGUCUUUAUCGUGUCGUAGUGUCAU